AUGGAUCUUCCGGAGGAAAUAGUGAUAAACAUAAUCGCAAGAUUACCGAUGAAAAGUGUCGUUAGAUUCAAGUCUGUGUGUAGAGAAUGGAAAUCGUUUACAGACUCUAAAUUCUUCCGUGAUCUCAACGAAAGCAGCUCCAAUUCAACCUCUUGUUCUAAUUGGUCGAUCCUCAGCGGAUCGAUACGUUCUGGUUUGGAGGAGAUGAAACUCGAUUUACCGCGUGAGUCAAGGCAUGGUAAUACUAGUUUCGCGAGUUGUUUUACCCUAGGCAAGAAGAACUAUAAGUUCAAAGAGAUUAGGGUUGUAGCUUGCAAUGAUGGAUUGGUUUUGCUGCGACUCGAACCCGAUGACGAUGAGGAGGACAUGACGAUACGUUACUACAUUGGGAAUCCAGUGCUACCACAAUGGAUUCAACUCCCUCCUCCUCCUCCUCCUCCUCUUCUUUUCCCAAACAAAUCCUUGUACAUUGACUCAAGCCUUGUGACACGAAUGCACAAUCGCACCCUCUUAGGUUACAAGGUGGUUCUGGUACUUGUGAAAUGGGAUUGUCCUCCAAAAUAUAACUUUUUGAUUUUUUCAUCGGAUACGGGUGAAUGGAGUGAACAAGAACCCUCUUGUCGAGUUCCUUUUGAAACCGUUUCUUUGAACGGGAAACUUCACUGGCUUGAUCACAGACGUGUUACUCUCUGUGAUUUCUUCUCUCACGAUGAUGAUCAAGUUCGAGCCAUACGCCUACCCGCCGGGGUGCAAAUCGAACGCCAUCCCUAUCAUCCACACAAGAAUAUGAUCUGCACCACCUCGCAAGGAUACUUUGUGCUUAUUAAUGUUGGAUUGAUGGAAGACGAUGUCAACAAGAGCUAUAACGUUAGGAUUUGGAGGCUCAAGUCUGAUUCUUGGAGCUGGGAAAAGGCUUGGGAUAUCAACUUGGCUUCUCUAGGGCUUGGCCGUAGCUGUGUUCCAAUGGCGAUCAACGUUUUUGACAUCGACAUCAUCUACCUAUGGGACUUAGACACCAAAUGCUUCCUCGCUUGUAACCUUCGGACAAAUACAAAAUCUUAUGGAGCUCGUAAAGAUGGUUACCCUUUUGAUGAUACUCUCGGCUUCGAGACAUGGCCGCGCCUUUCGCAGUUUGUUCCGUCCUUGCAAGUCGUACCUACGUUGGAACACAAGUUCAUAUAA